AUGCGCGCGAGCGCGCCGGGGUGCACAUCGCGAGGCGCGCGCGUCGGGCCGGGCGCGAACGGCAUCAAAGCGACCGCCCGCAUCCUCGCCUCCGGUGUCCGUCGGGGCGCCACCGCCACCGUCGCCCGCGCGUCUCGUCCAUCGACGGUCGUCGCCAUGCCGUUCGCGCCCGGGCCGACGCGUCGCGCGAUUGCCGCGCUGACGAUGCGCGCGCGCCUCCUCAUCCACACGGGACGCGCCGAUGCGUCGUCGUCGUCGACGCGGCCAUCGCGCUUCCUCGUCACGACGCGUCGCUCCACCGCCGCCGCCGCCGCCGACGCCACGAACCCGCGGAGGUCGGACCCGCCAUCCUCCCCAUCCCCGUCCGUCGUCGACGCCACCGACGACGCCUCCGUCGCCUUCGCGAACCUCCGCCCGAAACUCCACCCGAAGCUCCUCGCCGCCCUCCAUCGCGCGGGGUUCGUGCACGCGACGCCGCUGCAGACCCGAGCGGUGCCCGCGACGUUGGACGCGUCACCGGAUGGAGCGACCCGAGACGUGGUGGUCGCCGCCGAGACCGGGUCAGGCAAGACGCUCGCGUACCUCGUGCCGGUCUUCUCAAACCUCCUGUUCCACGGGCACGGGGGCGACGGGGGCGGCGAUGAGCACGGGGCGAUGAGAUCGAACGGUCGGCUCGGCGCGCUCAUCCUGGCUCCCAACUCCACGCUGUGCGAGCAGGUGAAGAGGGUGGCGGACUCGCUGGUGGGGGACGACGGCGAACCGUUACUCGUAACGCGCGCGCUCACCCCGGACACGUCCAUGCCCUCGCCGGUAUCGUCGGGAUCGUCGGGAUACGAAGCGUCGUCGGGCACGAACCGAGGGUUGCCCGACGUCGUCGUCGCCACCCCCGCGAGAGCCGCCGAGGACGUGCUCGAGUUUACCAAAGGCGGUUGGCGUCGGGGUAACUUUGCCCCCGCCGCGACGCACAUAAGGCACGUCGUCUUCGACGAGGCGGAUCAGCUGCUGUCGGGCGGGUACCUGCGGCCCGUGCGCGGGGCGUUCGACGUGCUGUACCGGGAGGAGAAGCUCGCGGCGUUGGGUCUAACCGUCCCGGGAUCGAAUCCCGAAGGGGGGGGCGACUUUAACGUCUUUAACAGUUUGGAAGGACCCGAACAGUCCGAGUGGGCCGGCGAUAAGUCGAGGCCCAAGGACGGGGGCGACAGGGCUUGGUCCGCCGAUCACGACGACAUCAACGUCGUCGCCAAGCGGAAGGGCAAGUCGCGGAUGGGCAAGGGUGCGGCGUUGGGUGGUAAGGGCGAGAUCGGCGUCGGCGAAGGGAGGGAUUUCCGCAGGCAGUACGUAUUCGCGGCGGCGACGGUGAUGAGCAACGGGAAAAAGACGCCGGGGGCGAUGAUUCGGCACGGCUUUCCCGACGCGCGAUGGAUCGAGGGCAGGCGUCUGCACAAGGCGGUGGCGACGGUGGACCAGACGUGGGUCAAGGUGACGGCCUCGACGCGCGCGGACGCGCUCGGCCGCGCGCUCGCCCUCGGCGACGAGAAGAGACAACGCGAUCGAACGUUGGUUUUCGUCAACUCCACCAGAGCGUGCGAGGAGGUGACGGCGGAGCUCAUCAGGCAGGGGCUCUCCGCCGCCGCCUUCCACGCCGAGGUGGGCACCCGCGAGCGUAGUAGCCGGUUGGUGUCGUUGGCGAACGGAGACGUCACCGUGCUCGUGUGCACCGACUCGGCGGCGAGGGGCGUGGACGUACCGGAGGUUGUCCACGUGGUGCAAGCUGAAUUUGCCGCAAACGCGGUGGAUUACCUUCACAGGAUCGGUCGAACCGCGCGGUGCGGCGCGAGCGGGCGAGUGACCAACUUGGUGUCCAACGCGGACGCUGACCUCGUGGACGCGGUGCGUGCCGCGGAGGCGGCGGGCGCGCCGGUGGAGGGGGCGUUCAGUCGCAAGAGGAGCUUUCGUAAAAAGUUCAAAAAGUACGGCCCGUCGCGCACGGCGCCGCAAAACAGGCGAUGA